AAUCACAACUUGUGAGCUGCUGAAUGACACCGGGAGUCCUGCCUCUGAAACUUUUGUUGUUUUUUUCCCCUCAACCUACUUCAAUUGUUCCCACAACUUGGUCACAGACUCGGACAAGUUGCCAGAGAUCUACAGACACUUCCCACAGCCCCGAGCAGGCUCCUCUGUGCUUCACUGACAGUCACACCAGAGGCUUUAGGUGGGUGACAGCACCAUGGAGGAUUAACAAGCAAGCUCCACAAAGGCUGUCUAAAACAAAAAGAGAAGAUAACAGGCACUUUGCACUGUUCCUGACAACUUUUCUUCUUUCCUGCACUCCUAAAACCUCUGAUUUGUGCCCUCUGCUUUCUUGUUGCCAUGGAGAAGGUCCAAUACAUAACCCGCUCUGCUCUGAGGAGAGCCUCAACUAUUGAGGUCAACCCACAAGCACGCCAAAGGCUCCAAGAGCUCUUUGUGAAUUUCUGCCUGAUUCUAAUUUGCCUCUUGCUGAUCUGUAUCAUUGUGAUGCUCCUCUGAAGUUCCAGCACUUCUCUGCACUGUCCUCUAGGAAAGUCACCCCAAAGGGAAGAGAGACCUACACCCGCAACUCCCAAUGCAAGAAUCCUCUUGUGAGAGGGGCUAGCACUUGGACUUGAGCUGUAUGCCAACCAUCGUGCUCUUCUCUUUCUACCUUCUACAUGUAUUAAAAACACACUUCUGUGCAGAACAGUGUUUAGAGCCUGUUGUUACAAAGCUGUGCAUGACCUAAUUUGUCUGUCUCAGUCAAGAGAUGUCUUUUUUGAAUGGGGUAAAGUACUGCCUCUCCAUGGAGCUGGUAAGUUCCUCAAUGUUUUAGCUAGAUUACUGAGCAGCAACUUCACUUUUUGGGGCCCUGAGUGUUUUUAAAUUUCUCUGAAAAUUCUUAAGCCCUUGGAGGGGUUCUAAAUUUGGCCCAUGUUCACCCAAAGAAUAGCUACAGGCACACAGCCUUCAACACAGCCUAGGAAAAUUUCUGCUCUGCUUACUUCAAGGUGCUGCAUCUUUGCAUUAUCAACUGAAGGCAUUCAAAUUGUUUCAAUGCUUUUAUGGGAAUAUGAGAAUAAACAAAAAAUGUCUUCUAACUCAGAAAUUAAAACUAUUUCAUAUGCUUUUCUCCCUAUUUAAGGGAUUUUUAAAUAUAUAUUAAAAAAGUAGGUAUAUAUAUGUGUGUGUAUACACACACACAACUUAGAUCUGGAAAAAAAAGGCAACUUCAUCCACAGUAUUUUUCACUAGAUACAUCCUUACAGAUCUAAAUGACAUCUGGAAAGUUUUUUUCACAAUGUUUUGCAGAAAAAUUGACACUACCACACUAGUAUCAAAGAUUUCAUUUUGUAUAGUCAGUUAAAUGACAUGACAAUUGGGUCAACUCAAAAAUAAUUCUGAGUUCUUAAUAUCUGGCUUCAGACAACUUUAUUAUGGCCUGCUGUAAUUUAUGCAAUAAUCUCCUUAGUUUAAAACUACAGAAAAUGUGGUAUUUGCCAAUGCCACCCAAUGUGGCUAAAGAAUGUGGUAAAGAAAAAGGUUUAGGUCAUUCUUACUGCUGUGAUCAAAAUGUAUCAAACAAAUGCAAGUAACACCACCACCCUCAACUGCAAAUGCCUGUCAGAGAACAAGCAAAUACUUUCCUAAAAUACAUGAUACAUACCAAUAUGCACAGGAAGGAAAGCAUUGCAGAAAUAUCUUUUCAACAUGUAAACCACAGUCUAUACACAUAAAAGAUGAAGUUUCUACUCCAGCAGUUGUCAGUAACAAAACUGAGCAGUAGACUUCAAACUCUCCCAAUGUGUUGCUGGCGUUAAACUAAAAUUCCUAGAAACUUUAUACAGUUUUCAAAUUUAAAGAGAGCUCAAGAAUCGACAGGUCAAACAGGCAUUUAUUUUUUAAACAGGCAUCUUUCUAUAGCACCCUAUGUAAGCAAUCCUACUGAUGAAUACAAAAAAUGAAAACAAUUUUAUCUUAAUAUUAUAUUCUGUCUUUAAGACUUAAUAUUCCAUGAGUAGAGGUUGAUAAUGAACAGCUGAGGAAGAAGCGAAGAAAUCUUUGAAAAAACUAUGUACAUGAUGGAAUGCAAGCAAAUCCAGUGGUAAUGCACUUCCUAUCUGGCAAAUAGAUAUGCUGAGACCAGACCUCUGAAAUAAGGUUAAUCACUAAAGGAAAUUAGUUGCUGUAUGAGGAUUAGGGCAAGCACUGAUGAGAUCGGCAACAGCCCGCCCCCCCCCCCCCCCCCCCACAAGUUAGUAUAUUAAUAUUAUUGAUUCAAACUGUCAAUUUAAAUCUCAAUUUUCAUUUCAUGCAUUCUAACCACUCUCACAAAUGCAUGAGAUUUUAGUAAGCACACUUUCUCUAUUAAUUCUUCUUCUUAAGAAAAGCUGCAAACACAGUGCAUUUCUUUAGAAAAAUCUAAAGUUACUUUAUUUUCUUUUAAAAUCUACCUUUUUGUGAUGGAUAGGGUUUCCAGUUUUAGUUUGCUUUGGAGGUGUUUCAAGAAACUUCAACUGGAAAUAGACAACAGUAUAGAAAACUCCCUGAAGAAAAGAGGUUUUAAGAGUAAAUUCUGAGGACACAUUGGGAUUAUAGGUUUCACAAGCCAGUAAUAUAUAAAAGUCAAAGUAAAGUAUUGCUAAAAAAAAUAACAGCCCCUCCUUAUAAAAACAAACCCAUCACUUUCCUCUUAUGUACCUGAAAAGCCAUUAUUUAUUUAAAAAACAAUAAACAAGAACAAAACCAAGGUAUAAAUAAACUGGAAGCCCUACUGUUAUUUUAUAGCAAUGCAGAUAAAUUGCAUGUACUGUAUGGUUCAUUUGUGUCUUAGGGUUCUGCUGAUCAGAAAAACUGCUACCAUCCUCUAGAUCACUAAAUGAUAACUGAACCCAGAGAUUAAAAAAAUAAAACCUUUUGUACCUAGUACAUUCUUCUUUGUAUACUUAUAUGGGCUUUAAAACUAACAUCUACUGUAUUUUUAUUUAUUAAAAUGACUGCUUGAAGAUAUAUUAAUGCAUAAAAUAAGAUACUUAAAUACAAUUCCAUUUAGAAAGAAGCAUCCAUUCUAGCAUCUACUUAUUACAGUUAUGUGAAAAAGAGCUAGUCAUCACGCGGCUUUCUGAUUCUUUAUACCUGUUUAUUUGGUUUUGGUUUUCAACAGAAGUCUUGUCUGUUUUGCUAUGUCCAGAUCACUUCCAGAUACUUGAUUUACACUCACCAACUAGUGCACAUAAGUGAUCCUAAUGAAUUUUAUGAAAGUGUAAUCAAAAAGUUCACUACUUUUAUGAGCCGCAAUAAAAUUUCCAAAC